AUGCCACCCAAACCUAUUUUGGUGAAAAAUGAAACCAAAAAAAGUACAAUAUUUACACCAAGCAGAGUAGUCAGUAGGCCAGAUAAUCUCGAAGGUGGAGAAGAAACUGAAAUUGCUGCACAAAUAUCAGUUCCCCAAGAGGGAGGAUACGGCUGGGUAGUCGUUGCUGCCGCUUUCUCUUCGAUAUUUAUACUAGAUGGAGUAGCAUUUACUUUUGGUAGCUUAUUAAUUGACAUGUCUGCAGAUUUGAAUAUGCCAAUCUCAACUUUACCAUUAGUGAAUUCCAUUGCUGUUGCUAUUUACUUUAUGUGUGGUCCUUUAGCUUCUGCUCUUAUAAAUCGGUUUGGAUUCAGAGCAUGUGCAAUGUCAGGUUCGAUAAUUAGUUCAUUUUCUUUACUAACAUCAUAUUUUUCCACAAAUUUUACGUCUCUUUGUGUUUUUUACGGAUUUUUUGCUGGUUUUGGCUAUUGUCUAAUUAAUAUGGCAUCUGGACUUGUUGUGGGAUUUUAUUUUGAAAAAUUAAGAUCCAUAGCCUUAGCAAUUGCUACUACUGGUUCAAGUCUUGGUAUUAUGUCGUUAUCACCUUUGAAUUCAUAUUUAUCAAAACUGGCGGGAUGGCGCGCCACAACUUUAUUUCAUUCCGGGCUGUUUGGGAUAAUUUUUUUCUUAGGCAUGGCAUACCAGCCCUUACUUUCUUUCACUGUUGUAAAGACUACAGAAGAUCCAACUCGUACUGUAACUUAUUUACCAAAUUUAUCAGCAGCCGCUUUAAAAGCUUCAGCAUCACGCACUAAAACUGAAGGCAUUAUGCCAACUGCUACGGAGCGAUUGUUCGGUGCAGCUUCCAAUUCUAAUUUUCCUACAGCUGCCGCAGUGGUUGAAGAUGCAACAACAAUUCCAUCUACACAGCCCGGACCAUCCACGGCCACCGUUUCUAAAAUUACAUUAACUGCAAAUGCACCGCAAGGUGGCAUUAGUCCUAGGCAGUUAAAACAAGUGCAAUCAAUAAUGUCGAAGACGAGUGUUCAAGAUAAGACAAAGAAAACUAUUGAACUAAAUGUUAAUGUAGAAAAACCAAAAAAGACAAGUUGCUGGGGACGUUUAUGCCACUGGGAGGAACACAUUCCACAGUCAAGACCAAUGUAUCGAGAUGACGUAUUUUAUGAUGGAAAAUUGGAAAAAUUACCAGCUUACCAAAAAAGCGUAAUGGAUACAACGACUGAAAAAACAGGACUUGAAUAUCAAUUAGCUGUAUCGCGAGCAGCAACAGCUGUCGAUCUAAGGGAACGAAGAGGUGUUUUUACUACAGCUGCUCGUCGAGUUUUAGCUACAAUGAUGGAUCCGAAAUUAUUAAAAAGAAAUUCAUUCUUGUUACUUUGUUUAGCUGGAUUUUUGAUAUAUAUCGGAUUUUUAGUCCCUUACGUUUAUUUACAAAUAAGGAAUGAAAGUGCAGGCCUGCCUGCUGAACAUUGUACUUUAUUUGUAAGUGUUGUUGGAUUCUCAAAUGCUGCUGGAAGAUUAAUAUUAGGUGCUUUAGCUACUAAGGUGGAACCUUUAAAAAUAUUCAUUGUAGCGCUUUCAACAGCAGGUAUAAGCACAAUGCUUUCAAAUCUGUCAUUCAAUUUAUACUUUCAAUAUCUGUACUGUUUUUUGUUUGGAUUUUUUGUAUCUUGCACGGCAUCAUUACGAAGCUUAAUAAUUGUGUCUAUUUAUGGCUUAGAUAAUUUGACAAAUGCUACGGGAAUAUUACUACUGUUCCAAGGAUUAGGAACUUUUUUUAGUACUCUUGUGGCAGGCAUGUUAAAAGAUUUACUUGGUUUUUCUGCUGCUUUUUACGUGGCAGGAUUAUUUAUUACCAUUGGUGCUCUUAUUAUAAUUCCUGUCAAAGGCAUGUCUUGUAAAGAAGAAAAAGAAAACAAUAAAAGUCAAAAGCCAUCUAGCACUCUAAAGACAAUAAAAUAA